AUGGAGGCCCCAUCCCCCCCAACAGCUGCCCAAGCAGGGGCCCCCAGCGGCCGCCUUUUUCCUGCGGACCCAACCAGCAGCAGCAGUAGCAGCAGCAGUAGCAGCAGCAGCAGCAGCAGCAAUAACAAUAAUGCAACAUUUCAUGACACUAGAUUAGUCCCAGCUCCUCAACAGCAGCAAAUGCCACCACCACCGCAGCAGCAGCAGCAGCAGCAGCAGCAGCAGCAGCGUGCUGUAGCUGUUGCUGCUAAUGAGGACGUGAGUGCCCCAUCUCGUAUUUCCAAGGGUGCCCCUCCACCUGUGGUGCAGCAGCAGCAGCAGCAGGAGAUGCAGCUGCAGCUACAACACGCCAACAGCAGCAACAGCAGAAUAGACAACAGGAAGGAGAUUCAGCAGCUGCAGCAACAGGACGGAUGCAGCAAGAGCAGCAGAAUUAUCAAGACGCUGCAGCAGCAGCAGCAACAGCAGCAGCAGCAGCAACAGGUGCAGCAGGAGAGGGAGCAGGAGGAGAGGAAGAUGGAGAUACACAUCGUGAAUCAAGUGGUUGUGGUUCAUCUAUACCAGCAGCAACAGCAGCAGCUGCAGCAACACAAGCUGCUGCUGUUGCUGCACGUGCUGCAGCUGCAGCAGCAGCACCACCACAACCACAACCAACUGCUGCAGCACCUGCUGCAGCACCAGGUGCAGCAACAGAUCCACCUGCAAGAGGAGGUUCAACAGGAGCAACAAGAGGAGGAACCCAAUCAAGACAAGGAGGAUCAUCAUCUACUCAACCAGAGACAGCGUCCUCAUUUAGGUGAUGUGGAUGACUGCGAGACAGUUGCACCUGAGCCAGAGAGUGCAGCAGCAGCAGCAGCAGCAGCAGCAGAUGCAGAAUUUGAUUCAGGAGAGGAAGGAGUACCUCGUGUAGCAGCAGCAGCAGAUGGUGAUGAAGGAGAAGCAGCAGCAGCACUUGAAGGUGCAGCAGCUGCAGCAGCAGCAGCAGCUGCUGCUGUCAAUAACUGUCCACCUGCUGCAGCAGCAGCAGCAGCAGCAGAACAGCAAGUCUUCAGCAGGAUGCCAAGCAGAGAAGCAUUUGGCUCCUCCCCUGUUGCAACUCAUGCUGCUGCUGCUGCUGCUGCAGCUGCUGCAGCUGCUGCAGCGGCUGCUGCUCUACCUCCCGGGUCUCCUUUAAGAGCUGUUGCUGCUGCAGCAGCAGCAGCAGGAAGCAGAGCUGCACUUGCUGGUCCCCUAUCUAGAUGUGUAUCAGAGAACUGUCUCCUUACCCCCAAGGGAUCGGGGGUAGGAGGGGAACUCUUCUAUGAUACAGGGGAGACACCUAAUCAUUCUGCUGAAGGUGCCGCAGCAAUGGGCAUGCGUCCCCUUAGUGCAGAUGCAAGAGCAAGCCGCAGGAUGGAUCUACUGUUGGAUAUUUCCUUCGCUCGUUAG